CGCACCGACGGGGCGCGCGGCUGCCGGCGGACCCCCGGGAGUCCCGUAGCAGCCGCCUCUCCGCGGACGCUGCUUCCUCCGCGGCGGCUCCGGGCUUCUCUUUGGAGAGACGUGGAACUUUCUCUUGGCGAGGCUGCGCAGGUGAUGGGCCACUACCGGGGCGCCGGCGGGGAGGCGGCGCGGUGAGCGUCCUCAGUCUCCGGUGCGGCGAUCGGUGCCUCGUCCUGGACGCGCCGGCUCUGGUCGAGUCCUUCAAACUAAGAUAACUUUUUGGAACUGCAAAAAUGAUUGGUUCUAGCUACAAAUGGGAAUUUGGAGUCACUCUGAAAUACAUCCUGGAAUAAUUGUGUUUGACUGGAACCAAAUCUUACGAAGUCUCCAAGGAUGCGAGUCUGCGCUAAGUCCCUGCUGCCCUCGCACUGGCUCUUCCUGGCCUAUGUGUUAAUGGUGUGCUGCAAGCUGAUGUCCGCCUCAAGCCAGCACCUCCGGGGACAUGCAGGCCACCACCAAAUCAAGCAAGGGACCUGUGAGGUGGUCGCCGUGCACAGGUGCUGCAAUAAGAACCGCAUAGAAGAGCGGUCACAAACGGUCAAGUGUUCUUGCUUCCCGGGGCAGGUUGCUGGCACAACUCGGGCCCAGCCGUCUUGUGUUGAAGCCUCCAUUGUGAUUCAGAAGUGGUGGUGUCACAUGAAUCCUUGUUUGGAAGGAGAGGAUUGUAAAGUGCUGCCAGAUUACUCAGGUUGGUCCUGUAGCAGUGGCAAUAAAGUCAAAACUACAAAGGUAACACGGUAGCAAAGAGAGAGGUGUGCUUCAAUCCUGGAGCUCUCUUGCUUGGAUUACCGUCCUGGCCACUUUGCGGGAAAUUGUCUUGGAUUUCAGCAACUUCACAUUUGUAGGUGUGCUGUGAGAAGUGGAAUUCACUUAACUGGCCCAGCCCUCUCAGCUUCAUGAUUUUAUUGCAUUGAAUUAUAACCACAAGAUGCCACACAUUGGACAUCCUAUCUGGAUUCCAAAGGGUUAUACCUCCAAGAAAUCUUGGAGGAACAAAUCAGAGACUUCAAAAUGGAUCACUACUAAGGAACGUUUGGUCUUCAAUUUCUUUCUGCCUUUACAAGAGUCCUCAUUCUGUUCCUCCUUUGAACUUUUCCUUCAGCCCUUGUAUUAAAGUGGU